AUGGACGACUUCAGUAAUCUUGAGAAACAUGAAUCUGAAUUAGGAGCAUUCUUUGGAGACUUGGCUUUUGAAGAGGAUUCAAGAAGAAUGCUCUCCUUUGGUUCUGUCUCAUUCAUAAAAUCGACAUUACUCUUUUUGUUGGGCAGUGAGGAUAUAUCAUUGGAAGGGCUUCAACAAGAACUUGAAGAAUGUGAAAGUGACGAGGUUGUUGCCAAUAUACUGUCCAGUGGUGACAAACUUAGAGAAUAUGCCAAAGGUGUUGAAAACAAUCUACGGAAGGUUGAAUUGGAUUCAGUUGAGGUUGCUAUUCUCUUACCUGAUUACAUAAAAGAAAGUGAUAAACUAGUCUCACUUCACGAUCAGAUUCGUGACUGUAACUGCAUCUUGUCACAAAUGGAAACUCUUCUCAGUGGAUUUCAGGAAGAGAUUGGUUCUAUAAGUUCAGACAUAAAGAUUCUUCAAGAAAAUUCAAUGGACAUGGGUUUGAGACUGAAAAAUCGAAGGGUGACUGAAUCAAAGCUAGCAAAAUUUGUCGAAGACUUUAUAGUACCACCAAAGAUGAUUCAUGUAAUUGUUGAUGGAGAGGUGAAUGAAGAGUAUAUCAAAACACUUGGAAUUCUGAGCAAGAAGCUGAAAUUUGUAGAAACAGAUCAAGCAGUUAAAAGUUCCAAAGCAUUAAAAGAUGUAGAGCCUGAGCUUGAAAAGCUCCGGCAAAAAGCUAUUUCCAAGGUUUAUGAUUUUAUUGUUCAGAAGCUUAUAGCCCUGAGGAAACCCAAAACAAACAUUCAGAUUCUUCAACAGAGUGUGUUUUUAAAGUACAAGUAUAUUAUCUCCUUCCUCAAAGAACAUGGAAAAGAAGUGUUUAUGGAUGUCCGCGCUGCAUACAUAGAUACCAUGAACAAGGUGCUAAGUGCACAUUUUCAGUCUUAUAUUCAAGCAUUUGAGAAACUACAGUUAGAUAUAGCCACAUCAAACGACUUGAUUGGUGUGGACACUAGAAGCACUGGCCUCUUCUCAAGAUCUAAGGAGCCACUAAAGAACCGUUGUGCCGUUUUUGCUUUGGGUGAGAGGAUACAAAUUAUAAAGGAAAUUGAUCAACCUGCUUUGAUCCCGCACAUAGCCGAAGCCAGCUCUCUCAAGUAUCCUUAUGAAGUGCUCUUCAGGAGCUUGCACAAGCUACUUAUGGAUACAGCUACUUCUGAGUAUAUCUUUUGUGAAGAUUUCUUUGGUGAACAGUCUAUAUUUUAUGAAAUAUUUGCGGGCCCAUUCUCUGUUAUCUAUGAGCACUUGGAUUCCGUCCUCUCAAGCUGUUAUGAUGCUAUCGGUUUGCUGCUUAUGAUUCGCAUUAUACACCACCACCAGCUUAUCAUGUCUCGCCGGAGGAUUCCAUGCCUGGAUUCAUAUCUGGACAAGGUUAAUAUUUCUUUGUGGCCUCGUUUUAAGACGGUGUUUGACUUGCACAUCGGCAGUCUGCGAAAUGCAAACAUAAAUACAAUAUGGGAAGAUGAUGUGCAUCCUCACUAUAUCAUGAGACGUUAUGCUGAAUUCACGGCUUCGUUUAUUCACCUGAAUGUUGAAUAUGGAGAUGGGCAGCUUGAUAUAAAUUUGGAGCGUUUAAGAAUGGCAGUAGACAGCUUGAUUCUUAAGCUUGCAAAGUUGUUCCCAAGGCCAAAGCAACAGAUGGUGUUUCUCAUUAACAACUAUGAUAUGACCAUUGCUGUGCUGAAGGAAGCUGAACCAGAGGGUGGGAAAAUUCAAAUGCAUUUUGAGGAAUUACUAAAGAGCAACACUUCCUUAUUUGCGGAAGAAUUGCUGGUGGAGCAUUUCAGUGAUAUGAUCAAAUUUGUUAAAAGCCGAGCCAGUAAGCACCUUCUUUCUUUCUUGUCUUCGCGCACUCAUUGUUUGUUAAGUCGAAUAACCACCGAAUUGUACUUAGCAGAUGAGGAUUCAAGUCCAAAUUUAGAGAGGUCCAUCACAGUUGCUGAAGUAGAGCCGCUGGUGAAGGACUUUGGAAGCAGAUGGAAGACAGCGAUAGAAUUGAUGCACAAAGAUAUCAUAACUUGCUUUAGUAACUUCUUGUGUGGUAUGGAUAUUUUGAUAGCUGGAAUGACACAACUUUUGCUUUAUUACACAAGACUCGAAGACUGUAUCAAGAAGAUAGAUGGUGGAUCUGCUCUCAACAGGGAUAUUGUCAACUAUCAAUCAAUCAUGUUCGAGAUCAAGAAAUACAAAAAGACUUUCUGA